UAAAAGCAGUCAUGUCUUGCACUUCCUCCUUUCAGAAGAGAAGCUCAGUUUGUACAUCUGUGAGAGUUUGAGGUUAGCUAGAGAACAGGUCAAAGACGUGUGACAGUUUCUCCUCUUCAGUACAGUAACGUCUUCACUGUCAGCAGCACUUAAACUGUUGCUCAGACCACUUGACCAGCAUGGCUGUUUGGAAACUGUGGUUUGUUCUGCUUCUGCUGCUACCUGCGUAUAACAACAGCCAAGUGACUUUUGUGAAAACCACUGGGAGAGAACCAUAUAUCACUCCGAUAUGCACCAAUGAAACACUGAAUAUGCUCACACUUAUAAUAUGUAAGAUCAGAACAGAGAGGAGCAGAGGAGAAGAGUGUCGCUUAAUGUAUAAAUAUGGACAGGACUUUGAGAAUGAAUGUGACUCCAGGUUCACACUUAUGAAAAAGAAUCAGACUAUAUUUCUUCACCUGACCAGUUUAACACCAGUGGAUAGUGGGAACUACAGCUGUGAGUGUAUAUAUCCUGGAAGAACAGAUACUCUCCAUCUUCAUAUCACUGUGGAAGUAAAUUCCAGUGCCACUGUAGAGGAUGAAGAGGCCACAAGUUCCACAAAAAUAUCAAUUGCCAGUGCUGCUGUUGGUGUGACUGUAUUCAUCAUUAUAACUGGAGUUAUCCACAGAAGAAAACAUCACAGAAACUGUUCAAGAACAGACACAUCUGGAUCAUCUGUAUGUAAAUCUCCCGGCUCUUUGGAUCCAGAUGACCCAGAUGACCCCUACACAAGCCUUCAGCAGCCAGCAAAUGAUCUCUACCAAACUAUCUCCUCAAUACACCAUCAACAUGACGCCAAGACAACUUCAGCCAGCAAUAUAAUGGAGCUGGAUGAUCAGGAAAUGGAUGGAAGAGAGACUGAUCCAAGUUGGGAAAUCUAUGAAAACACUUGAACCAAAAUUGAAGAGAACAUAAAUAUGUAACUGUCUGAUAUUGUUUCCCUAAAUAUUGAGAUUGCACAGAUUCAGAGGUUUUCUUGACACCAUGAUAACUGUUUAAUUUCUGACUUACAAGAAAAACAAAUUCACACCUCUCUAUCUUUAUCGUCAUCACACAGCAAGAAAACACAGGACUUCCUGCGUAGAUUCACUACUUGGUCAUAAGAGAUACGUGUUUAAUGGAUUGUGGUGUGAGUCUAAUAUAUCUCAGGUUCAACCACAACAGCUUGUUAAUGUAGUUAUUAGCAUUUUAAUUUGUUCUUGCACGCUGUUUCAUGAAGCUAAUAGCUAGAAGUUUCUAGUUACAUUCUUCAAUCAGAUAGGAUUGACAUUUUCCAAAAGCUAACAGCAUGAAACCUCAACAUCUCUGAUUCUUUCUUGCUUACUGCUUACUUGUUACUGAGUUUGGCUAGUUUGUUUAGAAAUGCUCUGUCUAAAACUGUUGCAGUGGCCGAUAAAAUCAACAAAUACAAUAAAGUAUGUAACAUAUAACUCCCUCUUCUAGUAUCACUAUUUUUUUUUAACACACAGACCUUGUUAUGAGUAAUGUACCUCACAUCCUUCCUGAGUUGGAGUUUCAUCACAAAAGUUGAGGCCAUUUUCUGAUUCUUUUUAUUGAUGUAAAUUAAAGGAAUUUGAGAAUAAA